CUAACUCCAGCUUUUAACCUCAUCUUUUUCACCAACCGCUGUUUCUGUUGUCGGCUGUUUUGCUUCUGUUUCGAUUUUUCAGAAAUUCUUUUUUAUUUUGGGGGAAUUUCUAAUUAUGGAGAAUCUUUUCAGAUUCGUGUUAGCCUAAAUAUUUAAAGACUCCUAGCUAAAUUACUUGAACCAUUAUCACUCUAAAUAGCGCAAUUUGACUGACCACGUCCAUUUUCCAUAGCGAGGACGUAAGUGGCAGAGAAUUUAAAGAAAGCGGCAGGUCUUUCUGAGAAUUUGGUAGGCGAAAUUCGUCGCUUUGAAUUGGUGGAGGGUCGUGUAGCUCUAUUGCAGCAAUAAUAACAAGCGUGAAUCUUUUCUGAAAUCCCACCUUCCUGCAAAUCUGUAUUUCAGAACUGAGUCCCAGCAGAAUAGUUUGCAUUCCUCAGAAGACAGUAAGAGACUAAGAGAAUUGCAGAGACCUGCUAUAUUGUAGAUGAAAACAGAAUGUUAUUACGUUGUCUAUAUAUACCCUGUAGAACCGAAUUUGUGUGAUAUUCAUAUAGUCACAGAUUCGAUUCUAGGGGAAUAUAUGGUCGAUGCAAAAACUUCACCUUUCUGCAGAUGGUUAGAAGUUAAAAUACUGGCGGAAUCAAGAGGCAUGUGCGUGCUGAACACUCAGAAAUUAUAAAAGUUUUGCUGCCUCGCUCCUAUUUGCUAGGUUUUAGGACGUUUCUUAAAACUUCGGUUGUCGUUCAGUCCUAACUCUCACUGACAAUCUUUGAAUCUAAACAGUUAAAUUCACCAGAAGUUACAAAAUUUCUGGGAGAAAAAAAAAAAAAAAAAGAUAUUAUCUACCAAUCAGUGAAUGAGUCUUUUAUAAGAUACUCAUAAAUUAGCUAGAUAUGCGAGACGUUAGCAAAAUUUCCCUGUCAAGGGUCCAGAUCGCAUCAAAAUAUUUACGACAGCAGCAAAAGCAGCAUUCGCCUCGCUGGAAUGUAUUUACUUGUGCUCCAGGAAUGAUAUUGAUGAAUGAAGACCGAAUUUAUCUCAUUAAACCCGUGAUAUUUUUAACCUAAUUAAAUGACGUCUCCAGUUCAAUUGAUUGAACUUUAGUGGUUAAAAGUGAACUCUUUCUUGCCAUCUGUACGAUUUUAUAUACAUACAUGUGUAGAUUUAGAAAUAUAUGUUGGCGUUUGCGUCUGUGCACGCAUACGUUUGCACACGUAUAUUUUGAGGCUUGAAAGUGAAUGAGAAGUUACUGAUUGCCUAAUUUUAUUCAGCAGAACUAAAUUCUGGUAACUUUUGGAUGACCUCUGCUAGACAAAGACAGGACAGAUCUAUUGUACAUCAUAUUACCCUCUUCUUUGAUGGCUUUUCUUUCCCUCGCCUGCUUAUCAGUUUCUUCCCUUUUAACCCCGCUUCAGCUCAUCGCUCUGUAUAUUCCUUUCGAUUCUUUUUCUUAUUUUAUUUAAAGCGAGGCACCAAGCCCCGGUGGCGAUCCUGGCUAGCGGCUCGGACGGCAGGGCAGCAUCCCCCGGGGCUGGGGGAAGGCGGCUCAGACAAAAGGCUGUGGGCAGGGCAGCGGCCGCCGCCCCGGGGUACCCCCACACCUCCGGUACCUGGUUUGCGGGUGCGGCCCGCCGGAGAGGGGGGUCAUUCGGUGAGAGGGAUGUUAUUGAGAGGAAUCGCUGGAAAUGCGGGGAAAUGCGGCGGUGGGCGCCCGGCUCCCCAUUGGCCGGGCCGGUCACAUGCCCGCCUAACUUUAUUCAGUUGACAGCAAGUAGGAGGGCUCUAUGGCAGGGGAAAAAAAGACAACACGAGAAAAAUUAGUAUUUUCUACCUUCAGAAAUUAAUGGCCAUGAGUUCGUAUAUGGUGAACUCUAAGUAUGUGGAUCCCAAAUUUCCUCCUUGCGAGGAAUAUUUGCAGAAUAGCUACUUAGGCGAGCAGGGGGCCGAGUACUACAGUGCCUCGCAGGGCGCUGAUUUCCAGCACCAGGGACUCUACCCACGGUCAAACUACAGCGAGCAGCCCUUUAGCUGUAGCAAUGCCCAGGGCUCUGCCGGGCAGCCGCGGGGUCACGGACAGGAGCAAUCCGGCCCGGCGAGCCACUUCCCCGGCCCAGCAGAGCAUUGUCCACCGCCUCCAAUGCCCAACCCGCGAGCCUGCAGCCAGCAGCCGGCCCUCAAACCCCCAAACGGCUCCGCAGUAAAGCAGCCGGCAGUAGUUUAUCCCUGGAUGAAGAAAGUCCAUGUUAACUCGGUGAAUCCCAAUUACAACGGAGGGGAACCUAAACGCUCCCGCACAGCUUACACCAGACAGCAAGUCCUAGAACUGGAAAAAGAAUUUCAUUUUAACAGGUACCUGACCAGGCGCCGCCGUAUCGAGAUAGCCCACACUUUGUGUCUCUCUGAGCGCCAGAUCAAGAUCUGGUUUCAGAACAGAAGAAUGAAGUGGAAAAAAGAUCACAAACUGCCCAACACGAAGGGCAGAUCUUCUUCCUCUGGUUCAAACCCCCAUUUACAAACUGGUUCCAAGGACCAUCAGACUGACUUGACAACUUUGUAGAAGAGGUGAAAUUUUCCAUUUCAUCCUUCGCUUCUGACCAGUACUGUACAUAACUGACACUGCCCAAGCAGAACCUGCAUGUAGCAGCUAAGGACACGAGAAACUGUCAUCUUUCUUUAAGGUACUGUUGUACAAAGGAGACAAAAUGACGCUACUUUGGACUUUAUUUUAUUUGCCUCUGCUAGCACAACCUAAAAAAGGAAAACAAAAAGAAAAAAAAAAAAAAAAAAGGAAAGAAAGAGAGAGGGAAAAACAAACAAACAAACCAUCAUGCAGGCAGUGGGAAUUGGGAAAAAUAUUAAAUGAGACCUUCUGUCCUUAAAAAAUAAUAAAUCAUUGAAAAUGAAACUGUCCUGUGUUUCAGUUUUGAAUUCUGAAGUGAAGAUUGGAUGCUUUAUUCUGGGAUUUAUACUUGUAAUUGUCUUUUUAUCCCAUGCAAUUUCGGGAGGAUGCAUUUUGGGCAAGUUGAGGACAGGAAAUUCAUAGCAUAGUCUUUUAUUCGAACAUAAAGACUAGUAAUUGUGAACUUUUUUUUUUUGUGCUGCUUUACCUUUCUCGGUGUAAUGAAAAUUCUUGCUCAUUUCCAUAACGUCUCAGAAAGUGUGCAUAGAAAUGAAGUGAAAACGGGUUAUUUUAUGUUCUGGUAAUGUUAGUGUAUUUAUUUAUUUGUUGCUUAGAAGAAUGAAGACAAAAAGAAAAAUAGUCAAACCAAAAACGAGGAAGGGGAGCUGGAAUACAGGAUUUUUCCUUCCCAGUCUCAUGAACACAUAUGUAAUGUUUACUUGUCUUGAACGUACACAACUUUCUUGUUCCCCCCCACCCUUGUUUUUAAAUUUCCAUCUUUGUGAAUAGGAAAAGUGUUCCUGCUUCUUACCGUGUGCCAUCCAGAGCUAAAAGGCUUGAAAUCUGUUUCCAAAGUCUGCUCUGUUCAGCGCUGUGCUUUAAACCAUCGAUACCUCAUUUAAAAAUGGAAAGAAAAAAAGGGAAAAGAAAGAGACGAGGUCACAAAAAAAACCCAACCCCACAAAAAAACAACAGCAACCCAGACUGAAAAAUUAAUGUAAUUUCUGAUAUAAACUGAGCCAUUCAAAGCUGAAAGCUGAACACAUUCUUUCAACUGAAUUUUAAAUUUCUUUUCUGCUAGAGAGACAUAGUCUAUGUGGGCUGCUGGUUUGUUUUGUUUUGGGUUUAUAUUGGGUUUUUAUGGCUUUGGUUUGUUUAGUUUUUAGGUUUGGGUGUUUUUUUAAGAUUGGGUAGUUUUUUUUUGUUGUUGUUGUUUUGGUGGGGUUUUUCUGGUUUUGGUGGGGAUUUUUGUUGCUUUUUUUUUUUCUUUUUAGAACAGUGAUUGCUUUUAAGCAAACCAUGACACAUGACUGCAAUGACUGGAAAUCUCAGCAAGUAGCUUUCAGGAAAGAUGAAAGGCUUGGAUGGGAGCAGAGCUGGUCUAAUACCCACGAAUUUGUCCCUGACUGCUGGUUGCCAAAGUUUUAGUGCUCUGUAACUACCAAACCAAACCAGCUCCCUGAGCCACUUGCACCUCUGCUCAGGCGUCUUUAAAGCUCAGCCCUUAUCUCCUGCACCCUCAGGGCAGCCUAGGAAAGGGACCACAGAGCCAAAAUUGUAACGAGGUGAUCCCUUUAUUAAAGAGAAAAGUGGCGAAGAAGGAAACUCAGCAAACACUGAAGGGAGGUGGAAAGAGCAGGGGGUGAGUUAACGUGCCCUGCUCCAGGCUGGAUGCUUCCCACUGAGAACUCACGGCUCUCUGGGCUCGCUCGGGAAAACGCUGGCAAAAAUGGGCUUGAAUUAAUUCGAAAAUAAAAGGCGAGCUUUUCAACAAGAGUGUAUUCGGCAACGUUAACUGUGGCCAGCAGUUAAUUUCUGCCCUUUUCUCAUCCCUUGAAGUCCGCAAAGUGUCUUUAAGACUUGGUCUUUUGUUUUAGAGCCUGGAGAAAACUCUUUGUUCUUCCUUAGGGUUAGCCCAGUUCUCAGACUUGCACAUGGCAAUACUUGAAUAUCUCCACGUCGUGAUAUUAAAGAUGGAUAUUCCCGCAUUAUUCGCAUCAUUGUUUCUAUGACAAAAAGCACCGAGUUCAUACAUAGUAAAGACGUCUUUUUUCUGACGCCUUCACGUUGAGAAGCUGAAAAGGUAUUUUACUGAAGUUCGGCUAAAUUGCAGGAACAGGUUCACCCAGAGGACAAAUUUUCUAUUCGAUUAGUUGUAUUUCAGCCGGGAAGAGUGACCUCUAAACCCUUAACCUUUUGGACCCAAACUACCCUUCCCUUUCUCUAGCAUGGAGAGCAGCUAGCAGCAGCGCUUGAGGAGGGAAUUCCUGAGCCAAGUUUUCAAGUUUUGUUACACCAGGUUCCUGCAGCAGUGGCCUUUCCUCUCCAGAGCUGCUCAAAGCCAUCCUUUUGCUCUUCAUACAGAGCUAUUAAAAUAAAGAAGAAAAAGGGGUGUGGGGAAGUAAAAUCCCUCUGGCUACUCUUGAAAAUCCUUCUCCCGGACCCCCGCUGUUUUCCUAAAGUCCGAUAAGUUGGCUGCGAGCAGGGCAAAAGUAUUAUUCGAGAGAGAGCUACCAACUUGGGCCUCUGAGGUACAGUCCUGGAAAAUACUGGCCUUGGAUAAGUAAAUCCUUGCUUUGUGCUUCUAAUCAACCGAGAUGGCUCCCGAAGUUAAAGGACCAACUUCUGCUCCCAGAUUUCCUUCCCCCGCCCACUGAAGUCAAACAGGCAUGUAGCUGCGAGCAGAAUUUGUCUCAUUGUCUUUUGAAAUGGUAAUAACUGCAGGACGAGUGUUGCCUUCAGCAGGCACAGCUCUUACAGCCCUGUUUGCACGUCCCCUUUGAGCGGGGCUGGAGCACCGUAGGUUUGCAUAGGUGUGAUUGCACCCUAAGACAGGACAGUACGUGAAGCGGAGGCAGAGAGCACCAAACAGAAAUAGUUUCCAGCUGCCAUUGCUCUGAAUGGUCAGGAUGUCUGUAAUAGUGACCAGCAGCACCCACUGGUCGUUAUCUUCAUGCAAAACGAACCUGAGCUGUUUUUUUUUUUUUUUUGUGUGUUUUUUUUUUUUUUUUUUCAAUGAUUGUAACCCUCCAGAGUUAUUUUUUGUAUGAAGGGAAGCUGAUUAUUUUUGUUUAUCGCGGGUGAACGUUGUGCAUUGGAGCCUUUGUUAAACGGUCGCAUUGUCCAGCGCCACUCUCAUCUCUGUCAAAGUGUGAUGCUUUUUAUAGACUUUGCUGAUGUUCUGCUGCCACUGAUUAAAGCGUUAUUUAUACUAACUGUCGCCUGUAGUUUUGAUGUAAGCCCUCCACAUACUUCUGAAAUAAUAAAAGGUGUAGCGAAA